ACUUCUCGAUGCCGGUUCUCUCAGUUGGCAAUAAGCUUUCACAGCUGACGGACGCGAGUUUUUUCUGCAACCGGCAAGUUCUUUGAGUACCUCGGGAAUGUUUGUAUUUUCUUAGGAAAUCGGCUACGUGAACGAAUUCAGAGUGAUAGAUUUACAGCCUGUGCUUGCUCCGAAGAUUUACAACUCAAAUAAAUAACAAUAUUGUACAAUAAUCUCUGAUAAUCGCGAAUUUGACAUUUCUACCACUUCAGUGCGUGGACUCUGAAAGCUCUGCGUAUUUUGUUUAUGCAAAGCUUUUCUGGAAUAUCGCGUGCUGGCUGCGGGAGCUUCAUUAAGUGAGAGUUCGCUGCUGGAUUCGUUGGCUUUGUUUGGACGUUGGCAACAUCGUCGCCGUUAUGGAUUCACCUACACCGCCAAUUGUCAUCGAAGAUUCGAACGGAUCAGCAAUGGACGCCUGUUUCACGGCAUUCGACAAGGAUGGUGACGACCGCCUGAGUCUCGCCGAAUUUUCUAUAAUCUGCCGAGCUCUGUUCCGCAACGACAAGGGACACAUCUACGAUGUGCCCCCCGAGCGCCUGGAGCAGAUAUUCGCAGUCUUUGAUACGAAUGGCGAUGGCUUCAUCGACCGGGAGGAGUUUAAAUUCUGUUGGAACCAGUGGAUAAAAACGAUUGUGCGACCGGUGAACGCGUUCCUCAUUGUUGAUGUACAAAAUGAUUUUAUAAGUGGUUCCUUGGAUAUAAGUAAUUGCAGUGCACAGCAGCAAGGACACGAGAUACUGGAGCCCAUCAACAAGCUGCUGGAUACGGUGGACUUUGAUGCCGUCUUCUACUCAUUGGACUGGCAUCCCAGCGAUCACGUUUCAUUUAUUGAUAAUGUCAAAAUGCGCCCCAUGGACGAGUCCUCCUCGUUGGACUCGGAUUCCGCCAAGGUGUUUGACACGGUCAUUUUCGCAGGACCGCCGCCGAUGAAGCAGCGUCUGUGGCCACGUCACUGCGUCCAGGACUCGUGGGGCGCCGAGCUGCACAAGGACCUUAAGGUGGUGGAGCACGGCAUCAAGGUGUACAAGGGCACCAAUCCCGAGGUGGACUCCUACUCGGUCUUCUGGGACAACAAGAAGCUGUCGGACACCACUCUGAAUGCCCAGCUGAAGAUGAAGGGCGCCACCGAUAUCUACGUGUGCGGACUGGCCUAUGACGUCUGCGUUGGAGCCACCGCCGUGGACGCCUUGUCCGCCGGCUACAGGACCAUCCUCAUCGACGACUGCUGCCGGGGUACGGACUUCCACGACAUCGAGCACACCAAGGAGAAGGUCAACACGAGCGAUGGCGUCAUAGUCCACACUAAUCAGGUCAAGGCAAUGGCCGAGGGCAGGGAUCGUCGUCCUGAACUGGGCUACAAGCUAGCCAUGGAACUCAAGAGCCCCGACUCGGUUCUUUCACAACGCAACGCCUUCAGGCCCUCGUACUAAAUCCGAGGGGCAACUAAAUCACGCCAGGCUUAUUUUCAUGGAUAUAAAAAGACAAGGGCUUUUGUGUAGUCGACGGCUAGAGCGUUUCGAUUAGAUUAGUUUAGAACACCUGUGAAGUGCCUCUGUAGUCUGGCUAGCUUUUGCUAAAACAUUCUAGAAUUGGUAAACCUUUUGUAAGCCUGUUAUCCAUGUGGAUUUUACAUGACAUUACAGUACUAACAACAAUCGAAGACGAAAAGUGCAAAGUUGAAAUGUCUUUUAAGUAUUACCGAGCUCUCUAUAACCCAGCACCAUAAAAUACAAUUCCCAGAGCAAUGAAGUACUAAGGGUUCUUAAUGUUGUGUGCUGCACCUGUUUGAAUUAAAUUGAUAUUAUAUACAACCAACCAAACUACAAGUAGAAACAAAUGAUUUAUUUUAAAACCAAAUAGCGCAACUGCUUCAGUGAGAAAUAUUGUGUGUACUUAAACAUGUUGAAAUAAAAGGAUGGCGGUGUGAAAGUCAAACUGAAA